AUGCGGACGAGGGCAUGGAUCCUUGGUUUGGCGGCGGCAGCAUGCGCCGACCAAUGCGUUGACCGGGAUCAGGACGCCCAGAAUUUGAUGCAAUUGCAGCACGGGACGCGCUUACGGUCAGCAUCGGUGCCGGCUCCGGAAGACCUAGCUGUCGAAGUGCAGGUUGACUUCACCCUAGAGGAUGAGCACGGCAACCACCUCUUUGACUCCCACCCCUCCUUGCUGGAGAAGCGAGGCCAACUGCACCUGGGCGAUGCGCGCAGCAGCGCGCUGCGGCUCCGCUUCAGCGCUCACGGCCACGACUUUGACUUGCAACUGCGGAAGCGACGGGCGCCGAUGUCGCGCAAUGCCACAGUGACCCUGGGCACGCUGGAUGGGGUGCAGACCUACCAUUUGCGGAACCGCCACGUUUUCGACAGCGAGCAUGCGGUUCUCACCUCAGUGGGCAAGACGCUUCACGGGGUGCUGCGCCAUGGGAAGGCCUUCCUGGACGUGGAGCUGGCCAAGGGCCAGCGCCUUCUCACCGUGCGCGCUUCCCGCGAGGCGGCCGCGCUCGUGGAGCGCCCCUUGGAGCUUCCAGAGCUGUGGACCGACUGCUAUGAGGGCGACGACCAGGUUCACGCAAUGGGCAUGGGAGUGGCUGUGGGCUCCAAGCUGUACUCCAAAUUCACCAGCAAGGAUGAGGUCAUUGACUAUGUGAUCCAGGUUUUUAGCUCGGCCAACCUCAUCUACAGACCGCAGCUGAAUUUCGUUCUGGUGUGCCGAAAGCUGCACUUGCAGACGACUCAUGAAAACGCGCCUUCUUGGGACCAAGGCUCACAUUGCCCCUUCGGCAUCGAAAAGCAGCUGGAGGCCUUUGACGACUGGGACGCCCCUGGGCAAGACGUCCCCAGCGAGCAGCAAGGUAUUUGGGCGCUGCUUGACGACUGCUUCGUUUCUGGCACCAUCGGCCUGGCCUAUGUCGGAACCAUGUGCAUGAUGGAGAAGAACUACUGGAAUCAGUACCCGAACCGAGGGGUGAUUUGGCACAGCUUCCGGACCUGGAUCACCUUCGCGCACGAGAUCGGUCACACCUUCGGAGGCGGGCACUCCUUUGAGAUGGGCAUGGGCACGACUGGCGGCAUCAUGGACUACGGUGGUGGCCAAUUGAACGGCAUAUUUCAGUUCAACACUCAGUUCCGGAAAGCCGAGAUGUGCCAAGUCAUGGACCAUGCUGUGCGCUCGCAGUGCUCGGCGCUCUGGCUUUUCGAUGGCAAAUGCGGAAAUGGGAUUCUCACCGACGACGAGGAGUGCGAAUGCAGCAAUGGCAGCCUGAACUGCGCCUUCUGCAACAACUGCACGCUGGAGAAGGACAAGUCCUGCACGCCAGACGGCUAUGGUGUACACCCCAUCAACUUGGGAAUGGGCAUUGGCGACUGCUGCACCAGCACCGGCAGUUUCAAAGUUGCCGGCAGUGUUUGCCAUGUGCCGGGAGUCGGGGAUGGAUACUGCACCUCGGGACUCUGCAUACCCUCAAAGUGCUCUGACUACAACUUUGUGGGCGACUAUUGCGGUCUGCAGCCGCAGAACGACUGCAAGUUCAUGUGCACGGACAACAAUCAUGCCUGCAGCAGCAUGGAAGGAUGGUUGGUCAAUGCCCAGCCAGCAAACUACGUGCACGACCAGGUCCCUUGCACAUUUGCGAACCCUGGCGACGGCAUUUGUGUUUCCGGCCAAUGUUUUCCAGCAGUGGAGGGCUGUGGCAACUCCCUCCGAGAGGAAGACGAAGGCUGCGAAUGCAAGGACGGCUCUCAGGAAUGCAAGUUCUGCUCGAAUUGCAAGUUGGAUUCGGGAAAGCAGUGCUCACCGGAGGGUAUCGAGCAGGAAUGCUGCACAGACGAUGGGCAUUUCAGGCCUGCAGGCAGCAUUUGCACCAGGAGCGACAACGCGCAGGGCUAUUGCAUGGCGGGGCUUUGCCAAGACACUCCUUGCUCCAGCUUCAAAGUCUGGGAUGGCUUUGGCGACUUCUGCGGCCUUCAUUCAGACAGCAGUUGCAAGUUCAAGUGCACGUACCAGGGCCAAUGCAGCUCUUUGGAUGGCUGGGUCCUUUCGGGGAAGCCGAUGCACGACCUGCCGGAUGGCACGCCCUGCGACAGGGACGGCAGCUUCGGCAGAUGCGACGACGGUCUCUGCCAUCCGGAGACAAAGGAGUCAGGAGCUCAGAGACCAUUGACUUGCAGCCAGGUGGCCGGAGUGACACAGGCUCCAAAGAUGAGCAUCCAGCCACUGAUGAUGCUGGCACCAAGUCAGAUAAUGCUGACUCCAAAGAUGAGGCAGCAGACGACAAGGCAGAGAUCAGCAAUUCAGACAAUGCUAGCUCCAAAGGUGAGACGGCUGUCAAUGACAAAAAAGCUGGCGGAAGUUGCGCAUCCUGCCACGGCUUGA